AUGAGAGGGCGAAGAAAGUUCAAGAUGAGCCAACUACAUGAAGAAUGGCUUGCCUUCGAAGCGUCAUCGUCUCCACCGGCCGCUCCCGUCGCUACCAUACAAGAGAAGAGGGCCUACAUGGCAGGUUACAUGCUCCGGAAGAACACCGACUACCUUGUUGAUAUCGAGCCCAGAUUCGCCAAGGAUACCACUGUCUCAGGCUCUUUCAUAACAGCCAGAGAUUCGACUAGAAUCCCAGUCAGGAUAUACGAUUCGGGCAUACCAUCACCGAAAGCUAUCGUCAUCUUCUACCAUGGAGGGGGGCUUGCAAACUGGGAUCUGGACACAGAAGACAUGUUCUGCAGGAGAGUCUCUAUCGAUGCAGAAACUGUGGUGUUUAGCAUCGGGUACCGAUUAGCCCCAGAGCACCCCUUUCCAGUGCCUGCCAAUGACGCUUGGGAUGGAUUUAUAUUCGUGGCCGAAAACCUCAAAGUUUUUCUCCCUCGGCAUGAUGGGUCGUCUGUUGACAUCGUUGUAGCAGGGACGUCUGCAGGAGGCCAAUUGGCAGCUGUCAUAUCCCAGCUGGCCCGUGACUAUCAGAAGGACAGCUCCUACAAAGACCGCGGGUGGCGACUCAAGGGUACUUGCCUCCGCUCACCGGUGACGGUGUACGGGGCGGACAAGACUUUUGUCCCACCGCAAUUUCGAGAUAUGCAUGUAUCAUGGGCAGAGCAGUAUGAAGCUGCUGGCUUGAACCGGGAAGGAAUGAAGGUGACCCAUGAUCACUAUACAGUACCAGACUCUGAGAAAUGCAACCCUCUUGCCUACCCGCUAUGGGGGGAGUUCGCUGGCCUGGCGCCGACAUUUAUACAGAUCUGCGGAGUGGACAUACUCCGAGAUGACGGAGCAUGCUACCUUCAGGCCCUGAUUAGGGCUGGAGUAUCUGUUCAUGCUCGAACCUAUGCCUAUGACGGAGUGUAG